GCCUUUAACCCUUUCCACACUUUGGCGGGUACGCAUACAAACAGUUUCCGAGAGAGAGAGAGAGAAAGCGCAGUGGAGACUGUAAAGUGAGAAGCAGAGGUGUAGAGAGAGAAACAGGACAGAUUAUUGUACUACCAGUAUUACAAAAGCCAACGCUUCCAAGUAACACACUGCUUACAAAAACCAGAGUGGUAUGGAGUUGUACGGACAGAGCAGGGCAAAAGACGGGUUGCAGAUUGAUCGGCGGGCGGUAUGGGCUCCGGUGCGGUCAGUAACGGGGAAGGAAGAAUCGAUUCGGAGGUUGGGAUUGUGGGUCACGGAAGGGUACCCGGAGAGGCUGGGCGUGUCCGACUGCGCCUACUACAUGCGGACCGGGUUCUGUGGAUUCGGUUCCAAGUGUCGGUUCAAUCAUCCUCGCGGUUUUGGCUCUGUUGGAUUGCCACAAAUGAGAAUAUGGGUAUAUCCAGAACGACCAGGAGAGCCUACAUGUCAGUAUUAUUUAAGAACAGGACUCUGUAAGUUUGGUGCAUCCUGCAAGUUCCACCACCCAAGAAAUGCUGGUGGAUCCUUGAGUAAUGCCCCACUUAAUAUCUAUGGGUUUCCGUUAAGACCGGAGGAGAAAGAAUGUUCCUAUUAUUUGAAAACAGGGCAUUGCAAAUUUGGUGUUACUUGUACUUUCCACCAUCCUCAACCGGCUGCUAUAUCAGGGCAAGCAACUGCACAUCCAUUUUAUUUGACAGUGCAGUCUCUUCCUGGACCUUCCCCAGAACAAUACAGUGGAGCAUCAUCCGGCUUUAGGGUUGCAAGGCAUCCAUUCUUACCUGAUUCAUAUACACCUAGCACUUAUGGUCCCGUGCUUCUUCACUCAGGGGUGGGUCCAGUUCCAAGUUGGAGUCAAUCAGGACAUGUAAUCCCUGCGCUAUCUUCUACACCUACUUUUGCUGGACCAUACUCCCCUUUACACACUACUACUGGUCUUUCUAGCUGUGCACAACGCGAGAAAGGUUUUUUCCCUGAAAGACCAGGGCAACCAGAAUGUGAAUACUACAAGAAAACUGGGAAUUGCAAAUUUGGAUCUUCUUGUAAGUUUCACCAUCCACCAGAUUGGGUUCCACCUAACUCAAAUUGCUCUUUCAGUCCACUGGGGCUUCCUCUGCGUCCGGGAGUGCAAGCUUGUUGUUUUUAUUUGCGCAAGGGAUUCUGCAAGUUUGGUGGAAAUUGCAAAUUUGAUCACCCAAUGGAGACGGUUCAUUAUAGUCCAUCAGUUUCUUCUUCUUCUCUUACCGAUGCUCCUCCCUACAUGGUGCAGCCUGGAUUUGCUGAUACCUCCUUCUCUAGAUCUAGAUUAGCAUUACCAUUACCUUCAGUUGGUUUUAAGCUUUCUCACACAGCUCCUUCUCCUACUUCACGUUCCAACAUGCGGUCACAUUGCUGAAGCUCGCCCAGCUUCAUCUCAAAACACUUUAGCACAGUUUACACUUGCAAUGCUGCCUGCUAUUUAGUAUUUAGGCGAGAAGGAAGAUAAAUAUGGUUGAGUUAAAGCUCUUCUGCUUCCUUGCUUCUUCUUCCCCCAAGUUUUAUACUCUUUUGUUGACAAAAUGUGACAGGAUGGAUCUGAGGUUGGAAAUGUUGUUUUAUUGAUGACAGACAGACAGAUAGACAGAGUCUUACAUUACAUUACAUCACAUCAUUGUUAUGCAA